AAUAUUCCUGGCCAAGUCAGGCAAAAAGUUGGAAAGGAAAAUUUCUAAUUUUAUUUUCAACUAUUCUGACGAGAAUACAUUGAUCUAACGUUAUGGAUGCUUCCUCGGAUGGUGGGGAAGCUCCAGAGGAAGCUUCGGUAGUCGAAACAAGUCAUUUUUUGAGCUAUCUAAGGCGAGUUAUCCCGCCUUUAUUUGACGGUGAAGCUGAAGUCCCUCUCGAACUUGAUGCUGCCCUACAAGAGUCGGUACACCUAGAAUACAUCAAAAAAUACCUCUCUGAUCCUCAAGUUCGAUGUCUUUUAGUUACUAAGACACCUCUAAAAGAUGAAGAAGAAGGAGACGAGAGUGCUGCUUCGGAAACAGGCGCGGAGAACGGCAAGGCAGUGUAUGCUUUCGAUCUGGAUGUUCACUAUGAGGGACCCAAGCUCGCAAGCAUUGCCUUCAUCAAACGAGGUGCUAUUGUCGAAGCUGACAAGAAAAUCGCCUCUCAGAUUAGAGUAUUCAACUUGAAUGAAGGAUCCCCCUAUGAAACACUACACGCCUACAUCAGUAAUGCAGUUUCGCCUUAUUUUAAGUCGUUUGUUCGAAGAUCUGGCAAGGCAGACAGAGAUGGGGACAAAAUGGUUCCCUCAGUGGAGAAGAAAAUAGCAGAAUUGGAAAUGGGAUUGUUACAUUUACAACAGAAUAUCGACAUCCCAGAAAUCACCCUUCCAAUUCACCAGCAAGUCACAGCGAUGGUUAAGAAGCGUAUGUCUGAAGAGAACAGACGACCCAAGGUUCAAGACUUUGGAGACAAGGUUGAAGAUUCCGUCUUCUUGAACCAGCUUCAGAAUGGUGUCAAUAGAUGGAUUAAAGAGAUCCAAAAGGUCACAAAGCUUGACCGUGACCCAGCAUCAGGAACAGCCUUGCAAGAAAUCAGCUUCUGGCUUAAUCUAGAAAGAGCUCUCUUGAGAAUCCAAGAUAUCAGAGAAAGUCCUGAUAUUGCUUUGACGUUGGACAUCCUGAAACAUGGCAAGAGGUUCCAUGCGACUGUUAGUUUUGACACUGACACAGGUUUGAAGCAGGCUUUAGCUACAGUCAAUGACUACAGUCCCUUGAUGAAGGAUUUUCCUUUAGAUGAUCUGCUGUCUGCCUCAGAGCUUGACAAAAUCCGAUCAGCAUUGGUUGCUAUUUUCACUCAUCUGAAAAAGAUUCGCACCACCAAGUAUCCAAUCCAAAGAGCACUAAGGCUGGUUGAGGCCAUCUCCAGAGACCUUAGCUCCCAACUUCUCAAGGUUCUUGGUACAAGGAGGUUGAUGCACAUCCCUCAUGAUGAGUUUGAAAAGAUCAUGCUUGCAUGCUUUGAAGUGUUUUCAACCUGGGAUGAUGAAUAUGAAAAACUACAAGGAUUGCUAAGAGACAUUGUGAAGAAGAAGAGGGAAGAGAGCUUGAAGAUGGUCUGGAGAGUCAAUCCUGCACACAAGAGACUACAAGCUAGACUUGAUCAAAUGAGGAAGUUCAGACUUCAGCAUGAGCAGCUGCGUGCUGUCAUUGUCCGUGUCCUUCAGCCCCCUGCUGUCAGUCAAACUCCAGGUGGAAAUGCUGGAGUGCCAUCUGGGAAAGAGAACGAGGACGACAAGCCAGAGGUUGUGCUGGACCCUGCAGAUGCUAAUGCCAUUGAGGAGGUAAACUUGGCUUAUGAAAAUGUGAAGGAAGUUGACGGUCUAGAUGUGACAAAGGAGGGCUCUGAAGCAUGGGAAGCAGCCAUAAAGAGAUAUGAUGAACGCAUUGACCGUGUUGAGACGAGAAUCACAGCCAGGCUCCGAGACCAACUUGGAACAGCUAAAAAUGCCAAUGAAAUGUUUAGAAUCUUUUCUCGUUUCAAUGCCUUGUUUGUUCGUCCUCACAUCAGAGGUGCUAUCCGUGAGUACCAAACACAGCUUAUCCAGCGUGUCAAGGAUGACAUUGAAACUCUCCAUGACAAGUUCAAGGUGCAAUAUCCACACAGUAAGGCAUGCAAGAUGAGCAGAGUGCGGGAUCUUCCACCUGUAUCAGGAUCAAUCAUCUGGGCAAGACAGAUUGAUAGACAGCUGUCAGCAUACAUGCGUCGAGUGGAGGACGUCCUCGGUAAAGGCUGGGAGAACCAUGUUGAAGGUCAGAGGUUGAAAGCUGAUGGGGACAGUUUUAGACAAAAGCUCAACACCCAGGAGCUGUUUGAUGAUUGGUCAAGAAAGGUCCAACAAAGAAAUCUUGGGGUUUCUGGAAGAAUCUUCACCAUUGAGAGUCAGCGUGCAAGAGGAGGUGGAAGAGGCAAUGUUCUGAAGCUUAAAGUCAACUUCCUUCCUGAAAUCAUUACUCUUUCUAAAGAGGUUCGUAACCUCAAGUGGCUUGGGUUCCGCGUUCCUCUAGCUAUUGUCAACAAAGCUCAUCAAGCCAAUCAGCUAUAUCCAUUUGCAAUCUCCUUGAUUGAAAGCGUACGCACCUAUGAAAGAACCUGCGAAAAGGUUGAGGAGAAGUACUCCAUUUCACCUCUUGUUGCCGGAUUGAAGAAAGAAGUGCAAGCUCUCAUCACAGAGGGUAUCGGCCUUGUUUGGGAGUCUUACAAGCUUGACCCAUAUGUCCAGAAACUUGCAGAAGCAGUUUUCAACUUCCAGGAAAAGGUUGAUGAUUUGUUAAGCAGCGUAGAAAAGAUUGACAUUGAGGUGAGAUCUCUAGACACCUGUGCUUUGAGCAACCAGUCAUUCAGAGACAUCUUGUCCAAAGUACAGAAGGCUGUGGAUGAGCUGAAUCUGCAUUCCUAUUCCAACUUGCCUUCUUGGGUCCGAACACUUGAUGAACAGGUUGAAAUCAGAUUGUCCAGCCGUCUUCAGGCAGGAAUUAAAAGCUGGACAGAAUGCCUUAAAGGUAACAGGAGUACAAAACACCUUGAUGACACAGAUACCACAUCAAUGGCUGCUCACAAACCUGGUGGUGACCCUGACAUUCUGGUUUCAAUCCAUGAAGUCUGCAUCCAGAAUCAAGUAUUGUUCAUGCGUCCACCAGUCGAAAGAGCUCGUGAACAUCUUAUCAACGAACUGCACAAAUGGGUUGGAAUUAUUACCCUGUUGCCAAGGAUACAGAGCUCAAGAUACCAGGUUGGACUGGAGCGUGAUGAGUCAGAGUCAGAAACAACUUACAGGAAUCUCCUAGCCAAGUUGCCAGAGGGUCCCAUAGUACUGGAAGCAGCAUAUGGAGCUAUUGAGGAAGUAGUAAAGAAGGUUGAGGAGUAUGAACAGGUUUGGCUGCAAUAUCAAGCCCUGUGGGAUAUGGACAUUGGCAAUGUGUACAACAGGCUGGGUGAUGACCUCAGUAAAUGGAUGAAUGUGCUCAAAGACAUCAAGAAAUCUCGUGUCACUUUUGACACUUCUGAGAGCAAGAAAGUCUUUGGUCCUAUUGUGGUUGACUUUGCUCAAGUCCAGUCCAAGGUCAACAUGAAGUAUGACACAUGGCAUAAAGAUGUUCUCAGCAAGUUUGCCUCCAGACUUGGCGAUGGCAUACAGGAGUUCUAUGGUGUUGUAUCCAAGUCUCGCAGUGACAUGGAACAGCAAUCAAUAGAAGGAGCAUCAACAUCUGAGGCUGUUGGUUUCAUUACUGUGGUGCAGUCACUGAAGAGAAAACUGAAGAACUGGGACAAGAAUGUUGAGAUGUUCAAAGAGGGUCAACGUAUCCUGGAACGYCAGCGUUUUGCAUUCCCACCAUCCUGGCUGCAUGUUGAUAAUGUAGAAGGAGAAUGGGGAGCCUUUAAUGAUAUCCUCAAGAGGAAGGAUUCCAGCAUCCAAACUCAGGUUGCUACUCUGCAAAUGAAGAUCAUCUCAGAGGAUCAAUCAGUUGAGGCUCGUUCAACUGAGCUGCUCGGUGAAUGGGAGAAGACCAAACCAGUAUCUGGUAACAUCCGUCCUGACCAGGCCCUCAGCGCCCUUGCUGUCAUCGAAGGAAAGUUCACCAGGCUGAAGGAGGACAGAGACAAUGUUGCCAAAGCCAAGGAAGCUUUGGAGCUAAUGGAACCAGGUACAUUGGUCCCAAGUGAAGAGAAGGUCCAGGUUGCCUUGGAAGAGCUUCAAGACCUGAAAGGUGUCUGGUCAGAGCUUGCUAAGUUCUGGGAGAAGAUUGAGGAGCUCAAGGAAAGGCCAUGGUUGUCUGUUCAGCCAAGGAAGCUUCGUCAGUCACUUGAGGCACUAUUGAAUGAGAUGAAAGCUCUUCCUUCACGCCUGAGACAGUAUUCAUCAUUUGAGCAUGUCCAGAGCACUAUCAAGUCAUACCUCAAGGUCAAUGUGUUGAUUGUAGAACUGAAAUCCGAAGCUCUCAAGGAACGACACUGGAAGGGCCUGAUGAGGAAACUCCAUGUUAGUUGGGUACUGACUGAUCUCACCCUGGGACAAGUCUGGGACAUUGAUUUGCUGAAGAAUGAAGCUAUUGUCAAAGAUACCAUUCUUGUUGCCCAAGGAGAAAUGGCUCUUGAAGAAUUCUUGAAGCAGGUGCGUGAUCUUUGGCAAACCUACGAGCUUGAUCUGGUGAAUUACCAGAACAAGUGCCGUCUGAUCCGCAGCUGGGAUGACUUGUUCACCAAGGUCAAGGAACACAUCAACAGCAUCUCUGCCAUGAAGCUUUCUCCAUACUACAAGGUGUUUGAAGAAGAUGCCCUGCAGUGGGAAGAAAAACUGAACCGUAUCCAUGACAUCUUUGAUGUAUGGAUAGAUGUGCAGCGCCGAUGGGUCUACCUUGAUGGCAUCUUCAGUGGAAGUGCUGAUAUCAAGACUUUGCUUCCAGUAGAGACUCAACGAUUUGGAAGCAUCAGCACAGAGUUCCUGACCUUGAUGAAGAAGGUUGCAAAGUCACCCAAGAUCAUUGAUGUUCUCAACAUCCAGGGAGUUCAGCGACAGCUUGAGAGACUGGCAGACCUGCUUGGCAAGAUCCAGAAGGCUUUGGGAGAAUAUCUUGAGCAGGAGAGAUCAUCAUUUCCAAGGUUCUACUUUGUCGGUGAUGAAGAUCUUCUUGAGAUUAUUGGCAACAGCAAGAGCAUCCCCAAGCUGCAGAAACAUUUCAAGAAGAUGUUUGCAGGUGUAUCGAGCAUCAUCCUGAAUGAAGAUGAGACCUUGGUCACAGGUCUUAGUUCAAAGGAAGGAGAAGAAGUUGUUUUCAGAAAGCCAGUUUCCCUCAAAGAAAAUCCCAAGGUUAAUGAAUGGCUGACAUGCGUAGAGGGUGAGAUGCGCACAAGUCUGGCAACUUUGCUUGCUUCAGCUGUCAAGGAGAUUCGGCAGUUCAACACUGAAGAGAUUGACAGUAGUACGUACAUGGGAUGGGUAGACAAAUACCAGGCACAACUAGUUGUCCUAGCAGCACAGAUCUCCUGGUCAGAAAGUUGUGAAAAUGCUCUUCAAACAGUGGCAUCCAAGCCAUCAGAUCUUGGGCCUGUUGAGAAGGUAUUGAAUGUGGUUGACGCUACGCUGAAUGUACUGGCAGACUCUGUACUCCAAGAACAACCACCUGUUAGACGGCGCAAACUGGAACACUUGAUCAUUGAACAUGUCCACCAACGUGAUGUCACACGCACACUGGUCAGCAGCAAAGUGACAGGCAACAAGGCAUUUGAAUGGCUUAGCCAGAUGAGAUUCUACUUUGAUCCUAAGCAAAAAGAUGUGUUACAGCAACUCACUAUUCACAUGGCCAAUGCCAAGUUCAACUAUGGAUUUGAGUACUUGGGAGUGCAAGACAAGCUUGUCACAACCCCUCUAACUGACCGAUGUUAUUUGACCAUGACUCAGGCCCUUGAAGGAAGACUUGGAGGAUCUCCAUUUGGACCGGCUGGAACUGGUAAAACAGAGUCUGUCAAGGCCUUGGGACACCAGCUUGGUAGAUUUGUGCUGGUCUUUAACUGUGAUGAGAAAUUUGAUUUCCAGGCUAUGGGUCGUAUCUUCCUUGGUCUAUGCCAUGUUGGUGCCUGGGGUUGCUUUGAUGAGUUCAAUCGUUUGGAAGAGAGGAUGUUGUCCGCUGUCUCCCAGCAGAUUCAGACAAUCCAGCAGGCCUUGAAAGAGAGCAGCAAUGAUACUGCCUCUUUGACCAUUGAACUUGUUGGUAAGCAAGUCAAAGUCAGCAAGAACAUGGCCAUAUUCAUCACAAUGAACCCUGGCUAUGCAGGCCGAUCUAACUUGCCUGACAAUCUGAAGAAGUUGUUCCGCAGCCUUGCCAUGACCAAACCUGACAGACAGUUGAUUGCUGAAGUUAUGUUGUACUCUCAGGGUUUCCGCACAGCAGAGAAACUUGCUAGAAAGAUUGUACCCUUCUUCAAACUCUGUGAAGAACAACUGUCCAACCAGUCUCACUAUGACUUUGGGCUGCGAGCAUUGAAGAGUGUGCUUGUGAGUGCUGGCAAUGUCAAGAGGGACAAGAUUCAGAAGAUCAAAGAGGAUUUGAAAGAAAAGGGAGAAAAAGCAGAUGAAGCCGCUAUCUCUGAAGGAUUGAAUGAACAAGAGAUCCUCAUUCAAAGUGUGUAUGAGACAAUGGUUCCCAAGCUUGUUGCAGAGGACAUUCCUCUCCUGCAGAGCCUGUUAUCAGAUGUCUUCCCAGGAGUGAAGUACAUCUGUGCUGAUAUGGGAAGACUAAAGGCUGAGAUCAAGAAAGUGUGCGAAGAGAUGCAUUUGGUGUAUGGAGAAGGGGAAGACCAGGGUGCUGCAUGGGUUGAUAAGGUGCUGCAGCUCUACCAGAUCUGUCAAAUUCAUCAUGGUUUAAUGAUGGUUGGUCCAAGUGGAAGUGGUAAAUCCAUGGCCUGGAGAGUACUCCUGAAAGCCUUAGAGAGAUCAGAAGGUGUUGAGGGUGUGGCACAUGUCCUCAAUCCAAAGGCCAUCUCCAAGGAAUUCCUCUAUGGAACAUUGGACCCCAACACAAGAGAAUGGACUGAUGGUCUCUUUACUCAUGUUCUUAGAAAGAUCAUUGAGAAUGUGAGAGGUGAGCUUGGCAAGAGACAGUGGAUUAUAUUUGAUGGUGAUGUAGACCCUGAAUGGGUUGAGAACUUGAACAGUGUGCUAGAUGACAACAAGCUCUUAACACUCCCCAAUGGAGAACGUCUUGCUAUACCACCCAAUGUUCGCAUAAUGUUUGAGGUCCAAGACCUUCGCUUUGCAACCCUAGCCACAGUCAGUCGUUGUGGUAUGGUGUGGUUCAGUGAGGAUGUGUUGUCGACAGAAAUGAUAUUUGAGAACUACCUGCUGYGCAUGGGCAAGAUACCCAUUGAAGAGUCAGAGGAGGAUAUGCAGCAUAUCAGAGCACCCCAGGAAGAAGAAGUUCUUUCUCCAUCAAUGCAGGUUCAGCGAGAUGUUGUUGAGAAUCUAAGGGAACACUUUGUUUCUAAUGGCCUUGUAAUGAAGUGCCUUGAGUUUGCUGUCAAUCAAGAGCAUGUUAUGGACUUCACCCGCAUGCGUGCCUUGGAAUCUCUAUUCUCCAUGCUACACCAGGGAAUAAGAAAUGUUUUGCUCUACAACCAACAACAUCCGGACUUCCCAAUGGAGCGUGACCAGAUUGACAAGUAUAUACCCCGAUACUUGGUGUAUUCUUUGCUAUGGGCGUUUGCUGGUGAUGGCAAGCUGAAAGUCAGAGAAGAACUGGGUGCUCACAUCAGGAACAUCACUACUAUCCCACUUCCUUCAAGUUCAACAGCAACUGUGGUUGACUUUGAGGUAACAAUUCAAGGUGAAUGGGUUCUCUGGCAGUCCAAGGUGCCACAGAUUGAAGUAGAGACCCACAAAGUUGCUGCCCCAGAUGUUGUUGUUCCUACAGUUGACACUGUCCGUCAUGAGUCACUCCUCUACACCUGGCUUGCUGAGCACAAACCUCUUGUCUUGUGUGGACCACCAGGUAGUGGUAAAACCAUGACACUGUUCAGUGCUUUGAGGGCUCUUCCAGACAUGGAGGUUGUAGGCUUGAAUUUCUCCAGUGCAACAACACCAGAGCUUCUUCUAAAGACAUUUGAUCACUACUGUGAAUACAGACGUACACCAAACGGCAUUGUCCUGGCCCCUGCACAGCUCAAUAAGUGGAUGGUUCUGUUCUGUGAUGAGAUCAAUUUACCAGACAUGGAUCACUAUGGUACCCAGCGUGUGAUAUCAUUCUUGCGACAGAUUGUUGAGCAUGGAGGGUUCUUCCGUAGUUCAGACCAGGCUUGGGUUACUCUGGAGAGAAUGCAGUUUGUAGGAGCUUGUAACCCUCCUACUGAUCCAGGCAGAAAGCCUUUGACCCACAGAUUCCUUCGCCAUGUGUCUGUGAUCUACGUUGAUUACCCAGGCCCUGCCUCCCUGACCCAGAUUUAUGGCACCUUCAACCGUGCCAUGCUGAGAAUGAUGCCUUCAUUAAGGAACUAUGCACAGCCUCUUACUGACGCCAUGGUGGAGUUUUACACAAUGUCACAGGAACGUUUCACUCAGGACAUGCAGCCUCAUUACAUCUACAGUCCUCGUGAGAUGAGUAGAUGGGUGAGAGGAAUCUGUGAAGCCAUGAGACCACUGGAGACUAUGAGUAUAGAAGCACUGGUCAGGAUCUGGGCUCAUGAGGCUUUGAGACUCUUCCAAGACAGACUUGUAGAAGAAGAUGAGAGAAAGUGGACAGAUGAGAAUGUGGACCUGGUAGCCUUGAAGCACUUCCCUAACAUUGACAGCAAGACUGCUCUAAUGAGGCCUAUACUCUACAGUAACUGGCUGUCUAAGGACUAUGUGGCUGUAGAACAAGAAGAACUAAGAGAUUUUGUAAAAGCCAGAUUGAAGGUGUUCUAUGAGGAAGAACUAGAUGUACCUCUGGUGUUGUUCAAUGAAGUAUUAGACCAUGUCCUCCGCAUUGACAGAAUAUUCAGACAGCCACAGGGACAUCUUCUCUUGAUUGGUGUCAGUGGAGCAGGCAAGACUACAUUGUCUAGAUUUGUAGCAUGGAUGAAUGGUUUGAGUGUUUUCCAAGUCAAGAUUCAUCGUAAAUACACUGCAGCAGAUUUUGAUGAAGACCUGCGUAAUGUACUGAGAAGAUCAGGCUGCAAGAAUGAAAAGAUUGCCUUCAUCCUAGAUGAAUCCAACAUCAUGGAGUCAAGUUUCCUGGAGAGAAUGAACACUCUUCUUGCUAAUGGAGAGGUGCCUGGUCUGUUUGAAGGAGAUGAGUUCACCACAUUGAUGACCCAGUGCAAGGAAGGAUCACAGAGAGAGGGUCUGAUGUUGGACUCGGGAGAAGAGCUCUACAAGUGGUUCACACAACAGGUGAUGACCAACCUUCAUGUUGUGUUCACUAUGAAUCCCUCAUCUGAAGGCCUGAAGGACAGAGCUGCAACAUCUCCUGCCUUGUUCAACAGGUGCGUGCUCAACUGGUUUGGUGACUGGUCUACUGGUGCGUUGUACCAAGUUGGAAAAGAGUUCACUAGUAAACUUGAUUUAGACAAGUCCAAGUAUUCUGCUCCUCCAUACCUGCCAGUGGUGUAUGAGGAACUGCCAGUACCUCCAACACACAGGGAAGCUGUCAUAAACGGCUUUGUGUUUGUCCACCAAACUCUACAUGAAGCUAACUCAAGGCUGAUGAAGAAAGGAAGUCAGGUUAUGGCUAUCACUCCAAGGCACUACCUGGACUUUAUAAAUCACUAUGUCAAGUUGUUUAAUGAGAAGAGAUCUGAUCUUGAAGAACAACAACUCCAUCUAAAUGUUGGUCUCCAAAAGAUCAGAGAGACAGUAGACCAAGUUGAGGAGCUACAGAAAAGUUUAUCGCUCAAGAGUCAGGAGCUAGAAGCAAAGAAUGCUCUGGCUAAUCAAAAGCUAAAGCAAAUGGUUAAAGAUCAACAAGAAGCAGAGAAGAAGAAAGUUUCAUCCAUUGACAUCCAAACGACCAUUGAGCUACAAACAACGCAAAUCAAAGAAAAACAGAAGUUUGUUAUGGAAGAUUUGGCCAAAGUGGAGCCGGCAGUAGAAGAGGCAAGACAAGCUGUCAAGGGAAUCAAGAAACAGCACCUUGUUGAGAUCCGUGCUAUGGUCAACCCACCAGCAACUGUUAAAUUAGCACUAGAAUCCAUCUGCUUGCUGCUUGGUGAGCGCGUAACAGACUGGAAACAAAUACGAGCAGUUAUCAUAAAAGAUAACUUUAUUUCUACUGUUGUUAACUUCAAUACUGAAGACAUCAGUGAGGAGGUAACAAACACCAUGCAGUCCAAGUACCUUAACAGUCCUGAUUACUCAUUUGAGAAGGCCAACAGAGCUAGUCAAGCUUGUGGUCCCCUGGUCAAGUGGGCUGUUGCACAGGUUCAAUAUGCUGAUAUGUUGGGCCGUGUGGAGCCUCUCAGGAAUGAGCUGAAGAAACUGGAAAUGGAUGCCCAAUCCACCAGGAUAAAGUACGAUGAGAUCAGCCGAGUCAUAACUGAACUAGAGAAGAGUAUUUCCCGCUACAAGGAGGAGUAUGCUGGUCUUAUCAGUCAGGCACAGGUCAUCAAAGCUGACUUGGCAGCCGUAGAAGCCAAGGUUAGUCGCAGUACUGCCCUCCUGCGUAGCUUGUCAGUAGAGAGACAACGGUGGGAGACAGGAAGCAAUGCCUUCCAGACACAGAUGGGUACCAUUGUUGGUGAUGUUCUUCUGUCAUCUGCCUUCCUAUCAUAUGGAGGUUACUUUGAUCAGCAGUAUCGUCAGAAUUUGUUCAGUACGUGGGCUCAUCAUCUUCAACAAGCUGGCAUACAGUACAGACCAGACAUAGCUCGUGUAGAGUACCUUUCAACAGCUGAUGAUCGUCUCAAAUGGCAAGCCAACUCUCUCCCAGCAGACGAUCUGUGUACGGAAAAUGCCAUCAUGCUGCAAAGAUUCAACCGUUAUCCACUGGUGAUCGACCCUUCAGGACAAGCUACUGAGUUUAUUAUGAAUGAGUACAAGGCAAAGAGAAUCAGCAAGACAAGCUUCCUUGAUGAUGCAUUCCGCAAGAACUUGGAAAGUGCUUUGCGAUUUGGUAACCCUCUUCUUGUCCAGGACGUGGAAAGCUAUGACCCAAUCCUAAACCCUGUGUUAAACAGAGAACUACGCAGGACGGGAGGCAGAGUACUCAUCACUCUGGGUGACCAGGAUAUUGAUUUGUCUCCUUCCUUCACAAUCUUCCUUUCAACAAGAGAUCCUUCAAUUGAGUUUCCACCGGAUUUGUGUUCUCGUGUGACGUUUGUCAACUUCACGGUCACCCGAAGCAGUCUGCAGAGUCAGUGCUUGAAUCAAGUGUUGAAGGCUGAACGACCUGAUGUAGAUGAAAAGAGAUCAGAUCUUCUCAAGUUACAGGGUGAGUUUCAUCUGAGACUGCGUCACUUGGAGAAGUCCCUGCUGCAAGCUCUUAACGAAGCCAAAGGAAAGAUCUUGGAUGACGAUCGAAUCAUUGCAACCCUUGAGAAGCUGAAGCAAGAAGCAGCAGAAAUCACAAGGAAGGUAGAAGAAACAGACGUAGUGAUGGCCGAGGUGGAAUCAGUAUCUGAACAGUACAGACCACUGUCACAUUACUGUAGCAGCAUCUACUUUACUCUAGAAGCCCUGCAUAUGGUUCACUUCCUGUACCAGUACAGUCUGCAGUUCUUCCUGGACAUCUUCCAGUGUAUUUUGUACGAGAACCCUCAUCUAAAGGGCAUCAAGGACCCUGCUUCUCGUCUCAAAGUACUCACUAGUGACUUGUUCCAGAUCGUGUACCACAGGGUAGCCCGUGGUAUGAUGCAUGUUGAUCGUAUGACCUUCGCUAUUCUUCUGUGCCGAAUCUUCUUGCGAGGACAUCCAGGUGAGGAGGAAUUUGAAGAAGAAUUCAACACGUUCCUGCGCGGCAGUGAAGCUGUACCAACCGGUACAACAGCGAAGUGGCAUGGCUUUAACCCUGAUCAGGCAACGGCAUUGAACCGACUGACGAAGAUGGAAGGAUUUAAGGAUAUCCAGACCUACAUUAACACCAACCGUAGGGAGUUCUUUGAAUGGAUAGAAUCUGUAACACCUGAACAAGAUGUACCAGCCUGUUGGAAUCCAAGCCUCAAACUAAGUCCUACAGGCGCAUCAGUGCACCAACUGCUAGUCAUCCAGGCACUGCGUCCUGAUCGUGUCAUCUCCAUGCUCCAUAAAGUUGUCAACGUCGUGUUUGGAGAAUCGUUCAUGCAGGCAGCUGAAGAGGCUCUGAACCUGGCAAAUGUGGUGGAAAAAGAGGUCAAAGCGUCGACGCCUCUCCUGUUAUGUUCUGUGACUGGUUAUGAUGCUAGUGGAUGGGUGGAUGAUCUGGCAGCAGAACAGAAUCAACCUUGUACCUCUAUUGCUAUUGGAUCUGCUGAGGGAUUCAGCGAUGCUGAGAAAGCCAUCAACUCUGCAGUCAAGUCAGGACGAUGGGUGCUGUUGAAGAACGUACAUCUUGCACCUCAGUGGCUCGUCACAUUGGAAAAGAAACUACACACUCUCAGCCCACACGCGAACUUCAGGCUCUUCCUUACCAUGGAAAUCAAUCCAAAGGUUCCUGUCAAUCUGCUGCGUGCGUCGCGUAUCUUUGUAUUUGAGCCUCCUCCAGGAGUCAAAGCUAAUCUUCUCAGGACCUUCAGUGCUGUCCCUGCAUCUCGCAUGUGUCAGGCGCCAAGUGAGCGUGCUCGCCUGUACUUCCUCYUCGCCUGGCUACAUGCCAUCGUACAAGAACGUCUGCGUUACUCGCCCCUCGGAUGGUCCAAGCGAUAUGAGUUCACUGAAUCUGAUCUCAAAGUUGGUUUUGACACCCUGGAUACUUGGCUUGACUCUGUCGCGCAGGGUCGUACUAAUCUGCCACCCAAUAAAAUCCCAUGGGAUGCUCUGCGAUCUUUACUUUCUACUGCUAUCUAUGGAGGACGCAUUGAUAACGACUUUGACCAGCGUCUUCUGACCACGUUUGUGAACCGUCUAUUCAUCGCAAGCAGCUUUGAGCCUGACUUCCCUUUAGUCAUCGAUGUGAAUGGGAAAGGAAAAAACAUUAUCAUGCCAGAAGGAAUCAGACGUGAACAGUUCUUUCAGUGGGUGGAGAGACUUCCAGACACACAGACGCCAUCUUGGCUUGGAUUACCCAAUAAUGCAGAGAAGCUUCUUUUGACCCAGCGAGGACAAGACCUGAUCGCCAAGCUGCUGAAGAUGCAGAUGCUGAGUGAUGAUGACGAGCUGGCUUACUCCCCUGACGCGGCAAGACCAGAAGAACUGUUCAACGUACCUACAUCAUUAAGCAAAGGUCUUCUAGAUGAGCAGAAGAGAAGAGAGAGUGAUCCCCGCCCACAAUGGAUGAGAACAUUGCACACUAGUGCUGCUAACUGGUUGAGCAUGAUUCCUAAGAUAAUCAAUCCACUCAAGAGAACAUUGGAUAACAUCAAGGAUCCGUUGUUCAGGUAUUUCGAGCGUGAGGUGAACACUGGUAUUGCUCUACUCAACACUGUCAGGCAAAACCUAAACGAUACUAUCUUGGUGUGCGAGGCUCAGAAGAAACCAACCAACUACCUGCGGAAUUUAAUGAGUGAUCUGGCUAAAGGUAUUCUCCCUCGAGACUGGCGUCGUUACACGGUUCCCAAGGAGCUCACUGUUCUUCAGUGGGUGGUAGACUUCAGUGAUCGUGUCAAACAACUGCAGACCGUCUCGCAGGCCGCCAACGCUGGUGGAGCUAAAGGUCUUAAGAACCUUCACAUUUGGCUGGGAGGUAUGUUUGUACCAGAGGCCUACAUUACAGCAACUCGUCAGUACGUAGCACAAGCCAACAACUGGUCACUGGAAGAGCUGGCCCUAGAGGUAACCAUCGCCAACGGUCCAGAUGACAAGCUGAAAAUGGAUGACUGCAGCUUUGGCGUUACCGGACUCAAACUACAAGGUUCCAAGUGUUAUAACAAUCAACUUGAGCUGUCCACUUCCAUUUCGACUGACCUAGCAUUAACCAGUCUCAAGUGGAACAGAGUGCCAUCUGACCAGGCUUCUACUCCAAGUAACAUGGUGACCCUUCCAGUGUACCUGAACCAGUCAAGAACCGAACUGCUUUUUACUCUAGACAUGAAAACUCAGGGCGAACCUUCAGGACGUGGUCACCGGUUCUACGAACGAGGAGUAGCUUUCCUGGCGUCUUCUCUCAGUGGAUAAGACAAUCCAAGACUACAAAAACCCUAGUAAUAUUUCUGAAAUAGUAAUCUGAUUGGUUAGAAUUUAAACUCAAAGAAGACUGGAAAUGUAUGUUUUCCGUAUUGUAUUAUGGGGCCGUUUUUGGAUUCCUCCAUCUUGUUUUCCUAAAUAUUUAACCCCAAAAAUCUGUGCGCCAGUCUCUUUAAACURGUUAAAAAGCAGAUAGUAUUAUUACCUAAGAUAAAAUCCUUGAUUGUGAGCCAUUUCGUUUUUUCCUGUGAUUUAUUUGUUGGAGUAAACUAUAAUCUUUAAACAAAUAUUUGGUUAAAAAGGGUAAAUCUAUAGACAAUAAACUCUCUACUUAACUCGA